ACCGAUAUAAGCUCAGCAACAGUCUUCCUCAUGAAUAAAUAAAUAUGCUGGAAUAUUAUUGAGCCACUUCAACCUUGGCAGAAGGGUAAACAGAGGGAAGACCCAACAGUGGGGCUAGAUUUUUAAUUUUAAAGAUAGUUUUAAGGCUGCUUCAUCAAUACAUCAGUAAUUAGAACCUAAUAGAGCAAUAAAGCAACUAUGGUAGUUUUUGCCUGGAGAUUUUUUUUAAGAUAAUUCUGUUCAUCACAGCUUUAAAAUUAAAUGUGGGUAGAAUUUUGGCAAAAUCCCAAGCAAGAUUGUGUUAGCUAUUCUCCACCUUGCCGGGGGGCGUCACUCACGCAGACUGAUUUGAACAGCUCCUCCCGCAGUUGUAAAGUGCUGCAUCCCCAAUCCCGAGUGGCCUCUUGAAUUCCUUUUUGCAUAUAACCUCUAAUCUUGUGGGGGUGUUUCUGACCAGUCCUCAUUAAACUAUUAAAUAGGCAGAUCCAACCUCUACCCAAACAUAAAACAGGUUUUUACUCUUGAUAGCUAAUAAUUCGUUACAUGAGAUUGUCAGAUUUUGCACUCAUCACUUCAAAAUUAUUUAAUCCUUGAAACAAUCCUAUAAGGUAGAUAAUAUUAUCAUUAUUUUACAGAUGAUGAACUGAAGCUUGAGAGGCAUCUCAUUUCCCUAGUCAGCUUUUGGUGUUCUUUAAAAUAAUCUAAGAUAAGUGGGGAAAAUGCCAGACAGGUGAAAAUUUAAAGUCAACCCCUGACACACACACCUCCCUCAAUAUAAGUUCCCUGGGGGCCGAGACAGUGUUGUUUCACUGUCAAAUCCCUAGAUUCUGGUGCAUAAAUAUUUGGGGGUAAAUGAAUGAAAGUAGUGAGCUCUGUCUGGAAUCUGCUCAUAGAAACCUCUACAGUGCCUUUUCCCAUCUAUUUUUACCGGAAGUUGAACAUCACCUUAUUGAGAGAGCAGAGUCCUUCCUGAGAAUUAACUUCCUACUCCCUGUUAUAAGGCAGUUUUGACGUGACAAAAUCAAAACUAAAUGGUUGUAGAUGUCAGAGUAUGCAUUUAAAACCCUGUAGCCUAAGAAAGAGUCUGAUGGGGUGCGAUGUCAAGGAUUUAUAGUCAUCCCAGAAGUUUAAAUAUCCCAUUUGCAUGGAUAGGUUUAUUUUUAUUCUUGGUCAGAUUUUCAAGUUGCGAGACUUGUAAAUAGCCACAGUAAAAUUUGGGGCCAGCCUGUGUUUGGAUGAAGUGGGAAGACUGCUAGGGGAUGUUGGGCGUGGCCGGUAGGAAAGAGCAGUAGAGGGAAGACUCAGCUUUCUCUCUCCCGGCCACUGUGUCUCUACGCAGUCUCGGAAAAUGCACAUUAGGAAGAGUAAUCAGCAAGCUUUUGACAAAGGGAAGAUAAGUGCUUAUAAAUGUUAGAAUAGGUCUAGAGUAGAAAUUUUUACUUUCAAGAAAUUUUAAAUAAAGGAGAACACUAGGUUAAAGUAUAAAAGUAGAUAUGGAAGGUUGAAAACUAGAAGCAGGAAGUUGAAUAAAAUUUUUUAAUUAUAAAAGAUUAAAAACUUGUAAGCAAAAAAUACAACUCUUAUGAGAAAAGUAGAUUAUAAGGAGUCAGUGUUGUACAAUAUGUAAAAGGUUAAAACCCAACAAAAGUAGCUUGAAUCUUAGCUUCUUGGAGUGUAGACACCUCUGUAAGAGCUGUGUAGUCACCAAAUAGGUUUUGUCCUUACCUUUCCUCUUCCCAGAUGACAGCUGAAGUGGACUCGUGAUCCAGAUGGGUGGAGACGUUGGUCAGGAGGGAAGAACAGAUCCUUGGCUGAUUAAGCACAGACUACCUGGCCUUAGAAAUUGUGCAGACUUCUUUCCUGCCAAACAUACUUUAAACUCAGCCAAAACCCAGACAAGUAUCAGAAGAGGUGUGAGGCCAUAGGGGCCCCGAAUAUCUAAGUGGAGGUCUAAGGAAGGGUGAGAGUUAUAAAGCGGCAGAUAGAGAACUCGCCAGAAAUGAAAGCAGUCCCAAAAUCAGGUGGGCUGCCUUCACAAGUAACUUCUCCAUCACUGCAGUUUACAAGCAGAGGCCUGACACCACAUCUAGAUCAGGGAUUAGCAAAGAAAGAUAAGGCCUCCACUCAGACGUGCUUAUGCUGCAGAAGAAUCUUCAAAAUGAAUACACUCGUUUUUACCAGAGUCUUGACGGAUUCUGGGGUAUUUCACAAUCCAGAGCAUCAGGCCAGUCAGUAAUAACAUAGGAGAGUGGAUCUAUUUGUCGUUCCAAAAUGGAUUGUUUCUAACAUUUUAUGAUUCUAGCUCUGAGUUCCAGAGAAGAUUCGUGUGACGUGGGGAAAGGAAUGCUGGUUCCAGUUUAAUUCCUGAUUCUGGAGCAGAACUGAGGGUGGGAAGCGUUCACAGCUCUGAUGGAGGGCAAAAUCAAUAAGCAGCUGAAGAAGGUUCUGAAGAAAAUAGUAAAAGAAGCCCAUGAACCCCUGGCUGUAGCUGAUGCUAAACUAGGAGGGGUCAUAAAGGAAAAGCUAAAUCUCAGUUGUAUCCAUAGUCCUGUCGUUAAUGAACUUAUGAGAGGAAUCCGUUCACAGAUGGAUGGAUUAAUCCCUGGGGUAGAACCACGCGAAAUGGCAGCUAUGUGUCUUGGAUUGGCACACAGCUUGUCCCGAUACAGAUUGAAAUUUAGUGCUGAUAAAGUGGACACAAUGAUUGUUCAGGCAAUUUCCUUAUUAGAUGACUUGGAUAAAGAACUAAACAACUACAUUAUGCGGUGUAGAGAAUGGUAUGGCUGGCACUUCCCUGAAUUAGGAAAAAUUAUUUCAGAUAAUUUGACAUACUGCAAGUGUUUACAGAAAGUUGGCGAUAGGAAGAAUUAUGCCACGGCCAAACUUUCUGAAUUACUGCCGGAAGAAGUGGAAGCAGAAGUGAAAGCGGCUGCAGAGAUAUCAAUGGGGACAGAGGUUUCAGAAGAAGAUAUUUGCAACAUUCUGCAUCUCUGCACUCAGGUGAUUGAAAUCUCAGAGUAUAGAACCCAGCUCUAUGAAUAUCUACAAAAUCGAAUGAUGGCCAUUGCACCCAAUGUUACAGUGAUGGUUGGGGAGCUAGUUGGAGCACGGCUUAUUGCUCAUGCAGGUUCUCUUUUGAAUUUGGCCAAGCAUGCAGCAUCUACAGUUCAGAUUCUUGGAGCAGAAAAGGCACUCUUCAGAGCCCUCAAGUCUAGACGAGACACUCCUAAAUAUGGGCUCAUUUAUCAUGCUUCACUUGUAGGCCAGACAAGUCCCAAACACAAAGGGAAGAUUUCUCGAAUGCUGGCUGCCAAAACCGUUUUGGCUAUCAGGUAUGAUGCUUUUGGUGAAGAUUCCAGUUCUGCGAUGGGAGUUGAGAACAGAGCCAAAUUAGAGGCCAGGUUGAGGACCCUGGAAGAUAGAGGGAUAAGGAAAAUAAGUGGAACAGGAAAGGCAUUAGCAAAAGCAGAAAAAUAUGAACAUAAAAGUGAAGUGAAGACUUAUGAUCCUUCUGGUGACUCCACACUGCCAACCUGUUCUAAAAAACGCAAGAUAGAACAAGUGGAUAAAGAGGACGAAAUUAUUGAAAAGAAGGCCAAAAAAGCUAAGGUUAAAGUUAAAGUGGAAGAAGAGGAGGAAGAGGAUGAAGAAGGAGUGCUCGUGGUGGAAGAACAGGAGACAUCUGUGAAGAAGAAGAAGAAAAAGGACAAAAAGAAACACGUGAAGGAAGAAGCGCUUUCUGAGGAAGAACCGUGCACCAGCACGGCAGUUGCUAGUCCAGAGAAAAAGAAGAAAAAGAAAAAAAAGAAAGAUAUUGAAGACUAAUCAAAGGGAACCAUCAUUGAGUCUGGAUUGAACCUGGAUACAUUGUGCUUAAGAUUCAGUCAGGCAUGUACCAGACAUGGUUUCUGAAAUAAUCCAGGGGAGGUUGGGUGACACACAGUGAUUAAUCGGCUAUAGCUUUUCAAGCCUAUUUGUGUCUUGACAGCAGCUCUGUUAACUUUAUUAUGUCAUCAUUUCUUAGAGUCCUUGUUAUACAAAUAAAAAUAUUUUCUUUGUAUUUUAA